AGUGCCUGCCUCUGGCAGUUACAUUACAAUGGCAGAAAAUGUCUACCGUACAGUCGUCCCAAGCUCCGUCUGAGCGUCAUUGUCUUGUCACGGUUGGGGCGACGGCUCGCUUCACCCAGCUCCUCGCCGAGGUUUUGGAAUCGCCUUUCCUCUCAGUCCUCCGCCAACACGGAUUCACCCACCUAACGGUCCAAUGCGGCAAGGACCUGGACUGGUUCCGCGCCACCAUCAGCAAGCUCUCCUCGCAAGACACGAAGGGCCUGCAAAUCACUGGGUUUGAUUUCGUCGAUGACCUGAUGCACGAGAUGGUCAAGUGCCGAGCCCAGGCACCCUCUCGUCGUGACGGCGUCGUUAUCUCCCAUGCAGGCACUGGCACUCUCCUAGAUGGCCUUCGCGUCGGGACUCCCCUCAUUGUGGUCCCCAAUCCGACGCUCAAGGACAACCACCAAGCCGAGCUCGCCGAAGAGGUCCAGUCUCAGGGGUAUGCCAUCUGGGGCCGCCUCGGCCAGAUCGAUUAUGCCCUCGAGCAGUCGGAACUCCUUUGCGAUAAGAACGCCCAGAAGUUCCGGUCGCAUCCUAUUUCCGGUUCUCGUGCCUCCCAGGAGUGUCCCGACUCAGGGGAGCUCAUCGACGUCGACUUGUGGAGCGUGAGCGCCGCUAUGAUGAACCGCUAUGCGGGCACACGCGAGAGUAAUCAAGCCCCCAUUGUCGGUGCCACGCCGGCUGGAGAGUUAAGGAGAGAGGAAGCAAGCCAGAUGGCUUUGGAUUAGGAGUUCACACGGCCACCUUCCGAACUGCAACCUCUAUCUCUAUCUCCGCUACCUUCUCAAGGUUCAUGGGGCCAAUCCAUACCAUACGCCGGAAAUUAUGUUUAGAGCAGUGCAAAUAUGCA